AUGGAGCCAAACAAGGGUCUCGUUCUUGGCUAUAAUGGAGUGCACCCGUUCUCCAAAGUAGAGAUCAAGGAUAGGGCCUCUGUGCAGGAGCUGCUCCGGACUUUGCUCGACCCCCUCGAGCCGUUCUUCUCCCCGUUGAAGUCCAGAGUCAGAUGUCCGGGAGCUACCGCAGUCAGGUUCGAUCAGACCGCAUCGGAGGUCGAGGGUAUAUGCCGGCCUCUUUGGGGUCUAGCCUGCCUGCUGGCAGGUGAAGGGGAGUACCAUGGUACCGAAUGGUGGGUUGAAGGAAUCAAGGCGGGUACGGACCCUGAGAGCCCGGAGUACUGGGGAUACCCCCGGGACAAUGAUCAGAGGAUGGUGGAGAUGUGCCCCCUUGGGUUCGCUCUCGCCGUCGCUCCUGUAUUUUGGCAGUCCAUGAGCGAGAAAGAACGAGACAAUGUCGAGGCGUGGUUGGGCAACUCGAUCAACGAGAAGAAGUACGUUGGUCCACAACUGCACCCUUUUGCUGACGAUGCAUAUCUGACCUGGCUUAGUAUGCCCAAUACCAACUGGCUCUGGUUUAGAGUCUUCGCCAAUCUAGGCCUGAAGAAGAAUGGGGGGAAAUUCUCCCAGGAGAGACUCGACAGCGACAUUGAGCAUUUGAAUACGUUUUACCGUGGUGACGGGUGGUCCAAUGAUGGGCCUGAGGGGAUACACCAGAUGGACUACUAUUCAUCCAGCUUUGCUAUCCACUUCCUUCAGCUGCUGUACGCGAAAUUGGCGGGCGAGGAGGAGCCGGAGAGGGCAGCAGAGUUCAAGAAGCGAGCCCAGAUCGCUGCGCUAGACUUGGCGCACUACUAUGACAAUGAAGGUCGCGCUAUCCCCUUUGGCCGCAGUGUAGGCUAUCGCUUUGCCAUGGUUUCGUUCUGGGGUGCACUUGCGUACGCGGGUGUUGAGUUGCCAGAGCCACUUACAUGGGGUAUGGUCAAGGGCAUCGUUCUUCGACAUCUCCGAUGGUGGCAAACGCAGCCUGAUAUCUGGAGUUCCAGUGGUACGCUGACGAUCGGGUACUCGUACCCGAACAUGUAUAUGGCUGAGAACUAUAACAGCCCGGGUAGCCCGUAUUGGGCUUGCCUGGCUUUCAUUUGCUUGGCUGUGCCCCCCGAGCAUCCGUUCUGGACUUCGGAGGAGGAACUUCACGUGGGCAAGAUACCGGAGAUCAAAGGGUUGAAGCAACCGGGCCACAUCAUGAGCCAUCUCGGUGGCCACACUAUGCUCUUAUCCAGCGGUCAAGCAUGCAGCUACCCCAUGAAAGGUACGCACGCGAAGUACGGAGCCUUCGCGUAUAGCAGCGCCUACGGCUACUCUGUUCCGCCGGGUUUGUUCAGCCUGGAACAGUAUGCGCUGGCGUCACAGCUUGGUCUUUCUGAUGACGGCGGAGAAUAUUGGAAGACACGGAGAAAGUCCGAGUACGCAGGCCUUGAGUACCGGGAUGAUCAGCCUGUUCUUGUGUCAGUCUGGAAACCGUACCCAGAUGUCACAGUGAGGACAAUUUUGAUUCCGCCCCAGGAAUCAACUCCAAAUUGGCAUAUACGGGUGCAUAAGAUCGAGGCCGGAAGAGAGGUCAUGACCGCGGAUGGGGCCUUUGCAAUCUGUAACCAGCGGUCAAUCGAUGGACGCUACCUGGACUUAUAUGAUUCCGAAAAGUGCGAAGGCACCUUCCCGAAGAUCAUCGGCAACUACGAUCUCAACACCCCUGACGGCUGGGCGAAAGGCCACCAGGGUGCAUUUGCCGUCUCCAAAGGCGCAGUAGGCAUCAAGUCGCUCGAGGACAAGGUCGAGCGCAACGCCAUGUUAGUGAAUGCCGACCCGAAUUCGAAUCUGGUCGAGAGCCGCACCGUCAUCCCUACUCUGCAACACACCAUCAAGCAGGGAGAAGUGGUGUGGUAUGUCUCGGCAGUCUAUGCCAAGCCGUCUGGCGAAGGAGUCCCGAAGCAGAGCUAUCUGGAUGGAUGGGACAAGGUACCCGAUAUUCCAGGGUGGCUGAAGGCCGAGAUUGGAGCAUAA